UUCAAUUCUUGUUCCAAAACAGAAAAGUAUGUUACUUGAAUAGAAGUUAUAUUUAAUAAAUAAAGCGCAGAAGUAUGCCUCUGCACAAAUAAAUAAAAUGUAUAAUUUUCUUGAUCCUAAACUGCUUCCUACUGUAUCAACAACAGCAGCAGCUGUAGAGGGUUACGAAGCUGAUAAUCUGAUCAGCCCCAAUCAUGUAACCAAAGCGAGAGGCUUCGUCGCGUUCACUUCAAUCACACCCCCUGUAAACAUCAAUUUCGCCCUGAUAUGUCCAAUCAGUUUACGAUACAUUUCCAUCAAUGCAAAGGUUGGUACCCAGAAGUGCACCUCCAUAGAACUAUUAGCUAAAUGCCCAAACCACAAUGAAUUCACAUCGAUUGCCCAGAUGAAUUACAUUGAGGAGGGUGUAAUAUUCUGCAACUCACGGUUCUACUCCAAGCACAAUCCACCAUCAAACCCAAGAAACUUUCAACUGGGGUAUCUGAAGAGCCAUGCCUUCAGAUCUUUCAUCAAUGCUAAAGAGAUUCAAGUGAGGAUAUUGAGAACAGAGUGGUCUGUGCCGUGUUUGGGAAGUGUUGAGAUCUGGGGACAAAUAUCAAAAUCAUGUGCUCUUACUACAGUGAAAACAGUGAAGCAUUUAAUAAAUAAAAACGGGAUUAUAAAUGAGUGUGAUGAGGCUGAGCCACAAGAUGAUGGUAAUGGUGAUAAAGUGGUGAAAUUCGAUUUUCCUGACGAUUUCAAGGAUGCCCUGACUUUCGAGAUUAUGGCUAUCCCUAUGACUCUGCCAAGUGGACAUACAGUAGAUAAAAGUAGUUUGGAGAAGUGCGUUGGAAAUGAGGCAAAUUAUGGGAGACAGGGCAGCGAUCCAUUCACGGGUUUGCCGUUCACCGAUGCGAGGAAACCUGUGUUAAAUGUUGGUCUGAAGACAAGAAUUGAUAUGUAUUUAUUGCAGAAUUCUCACAGAAAGGAGACGUUCUCUGUGGGCAGGACUGUUGGAGUGAAGCGUAAGAUUGAGAUGAAGAGUGUGGUGCCAAUUAAGAGGACUAUCAUUGAUGCUAUCCAAUGCAGCAGCAGCAACUACAUCAGCAAUGAUGAUGGACCUUCGUUGAGUUUAGAAGAAGCAAUUGCCAAAGCGACGAACAGCGAGAACUUUAUUCGCUUCACGGAAAUCGAGAAGAUCGUGCCAGAAAUUAAAAACGAAUGUGCCUUAUGCAAAGUAGCCACGAACUUGUAUAGUUUACCAUGUAAACAUUUGUUUUGUAGGCGAUGUCUCUUAAGCUCUACGAAGGAUCAGAUUUGUAAGGAAUGUAAAACUGCGUUUUCCAAAAAAGAUGUUAAUAAAUUUCAUACGUAA